AUGUCUAUUUCUUCCAUCACUCUCGAUCUGGGAUUAUCUUCUGGUAGCACAGAACCCGCUGCUCAAACUGCUGCCACAGCAAUCAUGUCGCCAACUUCGUCUCGAGGCUCUGAUUGA